AGAUACAAGGUGCGUGGAGGUGCGUUCGAUCACCACGUUUGUUUAACGAAGAUAUAGUGUGGUUCAAGGGUCCAGGGUUCAAGGGACAAUGAAGGGCGUAACACUUCUCUUUCUGGUGACCUUGACAGCGUUUCUCUCUGACGUAACAGAUGCUGCCACGUGCCCCCUCGCUGCCAGUCUUGGGUGCUUUUGUCAGAACGGCGUUGUUGACUGCACCAAUAAAAACCUUGAUGCAGUCCCACCAUUCAGCAGCGCAGGAUGGGAUCAAUUCACGAUCGUCAGACUCUCUAAAAACAACAUUACAAGCGUCCCUAGCAACGCCUUCCUCCACAUCAAUGUGACCACAAUCGAGCUUGACUACAAUAACAUCAAUCAUAUAGCAACAGAUGCUUUCGCGGGGAUUUCAAAUUAUCUAACCACGUUAGAUUUGGAGGGAAACAAACUCAUCGCAGCGUCUGAGGCUUUCAAACACCUUCCACAUCUGACCAGUCUGAAUAUUUUGCACAACCCUGUCCGAUCAGUCCCUGAUCCAGUCUUGUACGCCCUCGGUUCAACACUUCUGGACUUCAGCUUUGGAGAUGAUGGCUUGGAUAUUUGGCCAACAACACUGAAUCACUUACAAACACUGAAAAGUCUUCGGUUUGAAGGUUUGGGCAUGAAAAAUAUCCCCUUUGCUGCAUUCCAUGGAUUUGAACUGACGUUACGUAAACUCACCUUACGUAGGACCGGGAUAUCGGCUGUGCCCAGGGCAAUAAAAGAACUGCUUUACCUGGAGGAAUUAUAUUUUGAAGAUAACAUUAAUGUUCAUGACUCGGGGAUAAUUGAGAGCGCCUUCCAAACGGCUCGUCCUGGUGGAGGAUCGCCAAUUCAAACCCUUAGUCUAAAGAAUAACAGCCUGAGUACCUUUCCAACAGCACUCAAGGAAUUACCCGAAUUAACAACCUUCAUCAUGGAUGAUAACCGCCUGUGGUAUAUCAACGACGCCAUGGUGUCGUAUGUGCGGGGUUACAUGUUUAAUGUCAGUCUGCGGGGUUGCAGCCUUGAUCGCGUCCCACAAGCCAUUCUUCGUAUCAAGCAUCUCCAGAACCUUGACCUUUCCAAGAACAAUAUAAAUAGCAUAUAUAGUAACGAUUUCACCUUCAAUGAUGGAAGUUUACACCACGAGCACUUGAAGUUUUUGAACCUCGCCAGUAAUCCGUUAGCGUACAUAGCUAGUACCUCCUUCGAACGUCUCGCCGCGCUCACAGAAGUUAACAUCACAUCGACCGCGCUAAAGGCGAUUCCAUGUGCCUUGGGUAAUGUUCCCAGCCUCUCCAAGGUUUAUGUUCACAAUACACCUGUUGAGUGCACCUGUGACUUAAAGUGGAUACAGGCGACCGAAGCCAGCCACGUUACCUUCGAGGGUGAGUGCGAAACCAUCACACAGAACAUACAAGACUACAUCACCAAACGGAUUCCAUUAUGUCCCAACGAUAUCAGUAGCCGGACCCGCUGUCGUCCCUAGAAAACGAUAUCGCUCGCCGGACACAUAUAUCGCUGUCUAAGUCCUCCACGUGACACUCGUAUUAAAUAAACUGGUUAAAAAUCGCCAUUUUCAGAAAAUGAAAUCUGUUUUUCACUUAGCAUAAUGCAUUAUUAUGUACAUACGUAGUGGAUUUCUUACCUUUAUACUGGCAAUACCGACAUUUCUUGUCUCUUGGUAUAAUAUUAAAAACAUUCACUCAU